UAAACCAGCAGAUCAGUUAGGCUGAAGACAAAGACACGAUGGUGCUCAAGUUUUUGUGCCUAGCGUUGCUGGUAGCAUGGGUAGGCGCGUCGUCUUUGGAACCCUCAGGAAGGGAUUACGAGCUGAUGAGGGAGCUGGGACAAAACCCUAGGACAGGACCCAACCUGAUUGGCCACUCGGGACCUUUCCACCAGCGACACGAACGGAGCCAGGAAUCUUCCGAGGGGUCAACCAGGGCCUUGGAAGACUACCUCUUGCCCACCGGAAUACGACCUUUGCACUACACCGUGGAGCUGAUUCCGUACCUCCUGGAGACCCCUGGCAGAGAGUUCACCUUUGACGGAAAGGUUGACAUCAAGAUCUUUGUGGAAAAACCCACUUCCAGCAUUGUGUUGCACGCCUUUGACCUUUCGAAUUUCCAAGUUGAAGUCACCCAGACAAACACUGGAGCAGUGCAACCGCUGAUUAACUGGAGUCUGGCCACUGACGACAGGCAAUUUUUUACUUUGAACCUGGCCAGUACUCUUGUUAGCGGUCAAGAAUACAAUAUUAAAGUCAACUUCACGGGAAAUCUGAAUACCGACGGCUUUGGGUUUUUCCGCAGUCAAUACACCGAUGAAAAUGGAAACACGGACUGGCUUGCAACCACCCAGUUCGAGUCGACGGGCGCCAGGCAGUCAUUCCCUUGCUUUGACGAACCCGCGCUUAAAGCAACAUUUUCCAUAAUUUUGGCUCAAGCCCCUGGAUAUACCGCAGUUGCAAAUAUGCCCGUCGAAACUGUCUAUGACAGCCCAGAGUUGCCAGCUGGAUGGAAUUUCGCCAAAUUCCAGGACUCUCCAGUCAUGUCCAGCUACUUGGUAGCGUACACAACAUCCAAAUUCGGACGACUUGAAAGCACAAAGGACAGCAGAUUUGCUGUUUGGGCUCGACCUUCCGAGCUUCAGUACGGCGCGUAUUCAAAUGAUAUUUCACCUGACCACUUUAACUACUACCAGACCUACACUCAGACCAAUUAUGGAUUGCCAAAAGUAGACCAGCUUGCCUACCAGGACUUUUUCUCCGGCGCCAUGGAAAAUUGGGGCCACAUUUCUUAUGUGGAGCGCCUGCUAUUGUGGAAUCCAGCAACCGGCUCUCAGGGUUCCAAGCAGCUGGUAACCCAGGUCGUCUCUCACGAACUGACGCACCAAUGGUUUGGAGACAUUGUCAGCCCUACUUGGUGGAACGACCUCUGGCUCAACGAGGGAUUCGCCACUUACUUUGAGUUUUUUGCAACAGGAGACUUGAACCCCACUUGGAAUAUGGAUCAGCAAUUCCAAGUUGACAACAUGUACGACGCAUUUGCCGCAGACGAAUUUUUCCUCACUAGCCACCCUGUGCACGCAAACGUUGACAGCCCCAACUCUAUCGACUCGAUAUUUGACUACAUGUCCUACAACAAGGGCGGCUGUCUGGUCAGGUUCAUGAUCAACCUGAUGGGACCCGAAAACUUCCGAAGUGGAAUUUUCGAUUACAUGAGAAACCAUGCCUACUCUGCUGCUCAUCAAGAUGAUCUUUUCGCCGCCCUGGCACCUCACGUCCCUGCUGGAGUCCUUCCCAAUGGCGUCACUUUUGCCCAGGUCAUGAAUUCGCUCACCUUGCAGGAAGGAGUGCCUGCCGUUACAGUAACUAGGGACUACGCUACCCAGACGGCCCAGGUCACGCAAAAGCGUUUCUCCAUCAACGGCCCUGAACAGUGGCCGAUCCCGCUGACCUUGACCUCUCAGGCCGAGCUUAACUUUGACAGCCAAACUCCAGCAAGCUGGCUUCUAACGGACUCUCAGGAGUUGGGCGCCGCCGAAGGAAUCCCUCUGGACAAUCAGUGGGUCCUUUUGAACAUCAAGCAGACUGGUUACUUCAGAGUUAACUAUGACCAAGCUAACUGGGACAUGCUCUUUGCGUUCCUGAACGACCCACAGACCGCAGAUCUGAUUGACCCUUUGAAUAGAGCCCAGAUUCUUGACGAUUCCCUUGCCUUUGGAGUUACAGGGCUGCUGGAUUAUAAGACCGCCCUUUCAAGCACCCUGUACCUCCACCAUGAGACGCAGUACGGACCUUGGGCUGCAGCCCUUCGCAGACUAGAGUUCAUCAGGGACAGAAUGUAUCAAACCGCAGAGUCAAAGAGUCUUUUCAACAAGUAUGUGAGCGCCAAGCUGGAAAAUAUUUUCAACAGCGUCAAUGGUCUGUACCCUGAAAGUGAGGAAAGCCACAUAACUGGAGUUACUCGCACCCUUGUGUCAAGAUGGGCCUGCAACACUGGCUUGGAAGCGUGCAAUCAUCAGGGACAGGCCCUUGCUAGGCAGUGGAAGCAAACUGAUGCUCAGAACCCAAUUAACCCCGACAUUCGCGCCACAUCUUAUUGCGCCGGUAUGCGCCAAGGAACUCUAGACGACUACAACUUCUACAUUUCCCAAUACUUGAGUGCCGAAACUGCCGAAGACCGAACCCAGUUGCUUGGUGCAUUGGGAUGCGCUUCUGAUAUUGCACUUCUUGAGCACUUUUUGUAUGAAAUUCUGCCUACUGCUUCGUACAUCAAGGAGGGUGAUGCACUCGGUGUGUUCUUCUCUGUGUACAGCAACCCAAUUGGCACUGAUCUUGCUCUUGAUUUCCUCAUCCAAAACUUCGCUGUGCUGAAAAAUAAGAUGAACAUUGGUUUUGCCUUUGCAGCCAUUUCCGAGAAGCUUAAUACCCAAACCCACUAUGAGAAGAUCCAACUGUUCCUCGAUGACCACAGGCUGGAACUGUCACAGCAGGAGCAGAACAACAUCGAGGGAGCCUUAUCCCAGCUGACAGCCAUUCUAGAAUGGAAUGCUGCACAUCUGGGAGAAGUCAUGCUUUUCUUUGUUCAAAAUCAGUUGUAAUUCAUGACAAAAGAAUAAAUUGACUUGUUAAUCAUAAAAUGAAAAUUGUAAAUU